AUGAACUUUCAUCCUUUCUUGAGAAAAGAUGGAUCGUCAAAAAUUGAAAUUGGUCAUCACAUUACUACAUCUAUCUCAGAAGGUGAUGAAUAUUCAUGGGUUUAUCGGGACAAGAACCAAAAAAAGAGGUAUAAUGAAUGGAAGUUAUUCGCAAAUUGGUUAAUUGAUGAAGAGAGAGAUACAUAUGAAGUAGAUUUGACUUAUUUAUAUGGAAUCUUGGACCAAGCCAAAGAGUUGUUAGAAGAAUCACGUAACGAACCAAAGGGCUUUUAUGGUUAA